UCACCGUCUUCAUUUCAGCCCUCUGUUUCUUCCCGACAAGACUCUAGCACAAGGGCGUUUUCGUAUAUGAAUGCAAUUUUCCCUUUUUUUAACUGCGAAAGUUCCAAGACCCACAUAAAUAGUUGAUUAUGCAAUUUCAACAACGCGUCCAAACAAAGUAUCACAGAAACAGAGGAAAUUGGUUGAGAAAAUUCUUCACCAAGCUUCACAAAUUACGAGAACUCAACUAGUAAAUCCACUUUAACUAUUGAUAUACAGAAUUGAUUUUUGGUGCUUGAUAAAAAAUGGAGAGAUACGGUGAGGAUCAGAGGUUAGAGGAUGAGAUGAUUGAAGAGAGUAGUGAUGAUUGUACUUCUUCUUCAGAAGAUGAAGGCACAGAUGAUUACAGGCGAGGAGGUUAUCAUGCCGUUCGAAUAGGCGAUGCUUUCAAAGGCGGCCGCUAUAUCGUUCAGAGCAAGCUCGGUUGGGGCCAUUUCUCCACUGUUUGGCUCGCUUGGGAUACUCUCAUGUCCCAAUUUGUAGCAUUGAAGGUGCAAAAGAGCGCACAGCACUACACGGAGGCAGCAUUGGAUGAAAUAACAAUUCUAAAGCAGAUUGCAGAGGGUGAUCCAGACGGGAAUAAAAGUGUAGUGAAGUUACUGGAUCAUUUUAAGCACUCAGGUCCAAACGGCCAACAUGUGUGUAUGGUUUUUGAGAAUUUGGGUGACAAUCUCUUGACACUUAUUAAAUAUACUGGUUACAAAGGACUUCCUAUUCACAAGGUUAAAGAACUCUGUUUCCAUAUUCUAGUGGGUUUGGAUUAUUUACACCGACAGCUUUCUAUCAUACACACUGAUUUGAAACCAGAGAACAUUCUUCUCUGUUCCAUGAUUGAUCCGUCUAAGGAUCUGAGAAAAUCAGGAGCCCCUCUUAUUCUUCCUGACAAUAAGGACGUGAAGGGUCAUGUAACAUUCAAUGGGAAUGUAAAUAAGAACCAAAAGAAGAAGAUCAGAAGAAAGGCCAAAGAAGCAGCUCAAGGUUUUGCAGGGAAGAAAGCUGUUGAGUCGUCUCUCAAUGCAAAAUCAAAUGCAGAUUUCCCAAUUGAUCAGCUUGUUGGUUUAGCUAGUGUUAAUAGAUCGUCUAAUGCUGAUGCUGCAACAGCUAGUGGGAAAGAACAUGUGGGUUCCAAGAGAGGCAGUGGUUCUAGAAGGAGGAAGACAUUGGAGUCUGUUGACCUAAAAUGCAAAUUGGUUGAUUUUGGGAAUGCUUGUUGGACAUACAAACAGUUCACAGAUAAUAUUCAGACGAGGCAGUAUAGGUGUCCUGAAGUUAUUCUUGGGUCAAAAUAUUCAACCUCAGCAGAUCUUUGGUCCUUUGCUUGCAUUUGUUUUGAGCUUGCCACUGGUGAUAUGUUGUUUGAUCCUCACAGUGGUGACAACUUCGAUAGAGAUGAGGACCACCUAGCACUAAUGAUGGAGCUUCUCGGAACAAUGCCCCGAAAAGUAAGAGAAAGCACCUUUAACCACUUCAAAGUUAUUACACUUGCGUGCAGUCAUUUUAUCAACAUGUUAUGUCCUUUCCAGAUUGCCCUGGGUGGCCGUUAUUCACGUGAGUUCUUCAAUAGACAUGGUGACUUGAGGCACAUCAGACGGUUACGCUUUUGGCCCUUAGAUAAGGUCCUCGUUGAGAAAUACGAAUUCAGCGAGCAAGAUGCAAAGGAUUUGGCUGAUUUCCUGAUCCCAAUACUUGAAUUUGUCCCAGAGAAACGGCCAACUGCAGCUCAGUGCCUUCUUCAUCCAUGGAUAAACGCAGGUCCCAACAGUUCGAAACCUCGCGUGCCUGAUGUACAGUCUAAAGUCACUGAUACUGGAAACUCUGAGAAGAUUAAGAGUGUGAAGGAAAGGACAGAGGCUAUGGAGGUUGUAAUGGGGAAUAUGGCUAUUAACUAGGACUAAAAAACUGUCAAAUUCCUUGGUCAAAUUAAUGAUACUUCGAUACAACAGCUUUAAUCAGUUCAUCUCACUAAGAAAUCAAAUCUAUAUAUUAUUGGUAUAUCGUCA